CCAACCUCACCUAUUACACUAUCGCCAUAUCUCCGGCAUCGGAGUUGUACAACCAUAAUGUUCUCCUUCUGCCUCACCAAACAUGCAAAACGGCUCGCUCGCUGACGACAGCUGCCGCUCUUUACCUUCUACUUCCGUCCAAGUGCUGAUCGCUGCCCUAGAGAAUGCCAAACACAAAGGUAAACUAAUGACAUCUCGACGGCCCUGACUCGUCCUUUCUUUGUGAAUAUAUAGCUAGCUUGGCACCUCUCUGUUUUCUGAUAUACCACUUUCAAUAUCAGGUUUCGAAAACUUUCAAAACAUGAACCCCUCCGCCGGUACCGCGGCACGACUGCCUAAAACUCUGCCGUCACCUUCAAGGACUGGCAAAAUCGCUUUCAAGGUCCCAGGCACCGACAUUGAUGCUGAGACAUGGUAUGCCCUGUAUGGAGAGCUCUCUGAGCAUGUCACUCCUCUCAUCUGUUUGCAUGGCGGGCCUGGAAUGGCUCACAACUACAUCCUUCCUUGUGCUCAUCUCUCAUCGGCACCUUUCUCUCGCCCAGUCAUCUUGUAUGAUCAGAUAGGUUGUGGAAACUCAACGCAUCUCCGCAAGAAGAAGGGAGACACUGACUUCUGGACUUCUGAUCUCUUCAUUGCCGAGCUGGAGAAUUUGCAAUCAUACUUCGGUAUCAAGAAAUUUGACCUCUUUGGGCAGAGCUGGGGUGGUAUGCUUGGAGCUCUCUACGCGACGAAACGACCGGCUGGAUUGUACCGUCUGAUAAUCGCAAACUCUCCAGCAAGCUUGACUACCUGGGUCGAAGUAGCGGACAAGCUACGAAAGGAACUGCCGAAGGACAUCCAGGAAACCUUGACACGAUGCGAGGAAGAGGGAAAGACUGACACCGAGGAGUACGAGACCGCUAUGAUGUCUUUCUACGAGAGGCAUGUCUGCCGUGUCGUCCCAUUCCCGGAUGAACUUGUUCAAACUCUGGACCAAGUCAAGGACGAUGAUACUGUCUACAUGACAAUGAACGGGCCUUCCGAGUUCAAUGUCAUCGGAUCUCUCAAAGGCUGGGAUAUUACACCCGAACUUCACAAAAUCAAUGUUCCUACGCUAUUGAUCAACGGAAACUACGAUGAAGCUCAAGAUAUCACCAUGGAACCUUUCUUCCGUGAGAUCCCUGGCAAGGUCAAAUGGGUCCGCUUCCCUGAGAGCAGUCACUGCCCUCAUCUGGAAGAGACUGAAGCUUUUGUCGAAGCCGUGGGCAACUUCCUGACCUCCGAGUCAUCAUAAGAUGCGCUCUUCCGACCACUGCCCUCAUUUCUUCUUCUUUUUACUUUUUGGCAUUUUUCUAUUUCUUGGCAUUUUCCAGAUCGCAGUUUCCGUAAUAUACCCCCUGAUUCACUUCUUCAGACACAUUCUCCAAUACUUAUAUGCUCCAACUGAAGGAGAUGCUCACUUUGACUGCUGCCAAAUGGCCAGCUUUGACGUCAUUGGUGCUGUCGUCAGUGUCGUAUAAGAGAAUCAGCCGAGUGCCAAUCAAUGCUUCGUUAUUUCCUCGC